UGGUGCAGCACUUCUCCAAGAUACACUAAAAUUCAGACUUGAAUAUUCUCUAUAGAAAUAACUUCAAUGGAAAUGUGAGAAAGAUUUAAGAAUUUGGCGCUAUUUUGAAGUUGUACGUAUUUGGUUUGAAAUUGUUUAUUUCCCACAUGAUGUCGACAUCAACUUCUACAAACAUGGAACAAGAAAUAGUUAAUGUUAUAAAAAGAUUUAAAUUUGAAGAAUUAGAAUCAUCGAUAAUGCCAGUUUUUCCAGAGAUAUCAUGGGCUAGCAUAAAAUCUGAGUUGGUCAAAUGCCAUAAAACAUUUACAUCAGCUAAUGUAGCACAAUAUGUUAAAAACAUUAUAGGUGGAAUGAAGUUAUCAGAAGAGGUUCUGAAGGAUCGCUUGUUAACAUUAAAAUUAAUUGACAUAAGUUGGCAUAAUAAACGUAUUACAUGGUAUGGUUACACAUUGAUAAAUGCUACUAAUUCUAAAGAUUAUUUUACAAGCAGAGAAAUUCAAGAUAGUAUGCAAAAUUAUUUUCAAUCUCUAAAUUUAAAUACUAAAGUAAAAGUAAAUAUGCAUAAUAGUAUUACAUAUGUGGCUAUAUUUGAAAGUGGAAGAAAAACAAGGAAGAAGCAUUAUGUUACUACUAUGUAUCUUGCAUUAUUUAUGGGUCAAAAGUAUUUUUUUUCUACUAAGAGAUUCAUUUCAUUGAAUAUUUUAACUGCAGUAAUAAAGUAUUUGGGUUAUGCGGACUCAAAGAGACUUAAAUUAAUGGGAAGAGAUCUUAAAUCUUUGAGUAGAUUAUGUUGGAAGAAAAUGGAAGGUGCCUUAAAUUGUGAAACAAUUAAUAAUACCUUGGAGUAUAAAGAUGCUGCUCCUAACAUUAAAAAAACAGGAAUAGAUUUUACUCAACAAAAACAACGAAGAAAGUACUCAGAAAUGUGUUUUGGUGAUAAUCCUCCCACCAUAGAAAGACUUGUUUUAAAUGGACCAAGUAUGCCUGUGAAACACAAAGUCAUAGCAAAAGAGUUACCAAAUGAAACCAUGCGUAUAACAUGGGAAUUUCGCAGUCAAAAUAUUGCAGGAUGUUUAACAAAUUUAAUAGAACGACGUAUACUUGUUACCCCUGUACCUAAUUAUAUAUCAAAUCUUAUGGUGCUGGGAAAAAAUGAGAUAACACUUAAAGAAUAACUAACGAUUUUGGUAUUCAAAUGAUACAUAAUAAUAUCGACAGUUAGUAAAAUAUUAAACACACUAAUUUGUUGAAAGCAUAAAGUAUUAGUAAGUGGUAUAAUAUAAAAUAAAUGUACAAAUUAUAUUUUCUGUUUUUAUAAAA